UGCCUUUCUCUCUCUCUCUCUGAAUUAAGAUUGAGCUUCAGCCCAGACUGCAGCUUUCUUCCUCUGCUCAACAUCUGACACUAGUGUGGCAGGAAGAAUACUAAGACACCCGAGUGAGGGAGAUUCAGUGGGCUGACUGUGGAAAAAGUGCUUCAAACCAUUUCCUCAGCUUGGGGGAAUCAAAAUCACACCCCUCACGGUGGGGACAGACUGUGUACCAGUUCUGUUUGUAAUUUCAAACCCAGGUGACACAAGGAAUACACUCCCCAUGGGGAAACCGUGGAAAUGUGGGGACUGUGGGAAAGGAUUCCCUUCCCCCUCAGUGCUGGAAAUUCACAGACGUGUUCACAGCGGGGAGAAGCCGUUCAUCUGCUCAGUGUGUGGGAAGGGAUUCACAAAUUCUUCCAACCUGCGGGCGCACCAGUGGGUCCACACGGGAGAGAAGCCCUUCACCUGCUUGGUGUGCAGGAAGGGGUUCACGCAUUCAUCUGCACUGCUGACCCACCAGCGGGUCCACACUGGGGAGAGGCCGUUCGGUUGCUCAGAGUGCGGGAAGGCUUUCCGUCGUGUGAGCAACUUGAGGAAGCACGAGCGGGUCCACAUGGGGGAAAGGCCAUUCACCUGCCCCGAGUGUGGGAAGGGAUUCAUUGAUUCUUCCAGCUUGCUGAACCACCAGCGGAUCCACACAGGGGAAAGGCCAUUCACCUGCUCUGUGUGCGGGAAAGGAUUCAAUCAUAUGAGCAAUUUGCGGCAGCAUAAGCGGGUCCACACUGGGGAGAGGCCAUUCACCUGCCCCGAGUGUGGGAAGGGAUUUACCAACUCUUCCCACCUGCUGACCCACCAGCGGAUCCACACUGGGGAGAGGCCAUUCACCUGCUCCAAGUGCAGGAAGGGCUUCACCUGCUCCUCUGACCUCCAGAGACAUCAACGAGUUCACGUGCCAUCACAGGGAAAUUGGAAAAAGUGCUUCAAACCAUUUCCUCAGCUUGGGGGAAUCAAAAUCACACCCCUCACGGUGGGGACAGACUGUGUACCAGUUCUGUUUGUAAUUUCAAACCCAGGUGACACAAGGAAUACACUCCCCAUGGGGAAACCGUGGAAAUGUGGGGACUGUGGGAAAGGAUUCCCUUCCCCCUCAGUGCUGGAAAUUCACAGACGUGUUCACAGCGGGGAGAAGCCGUUCAUCUGCUCAGUGUGUGGGAAGGGAUUCACAAAUUCUUCCAACCUGCGGGCGCACCAGUGGGUCCACACGGGAGAGAAGCCCUUCACCUGCUUGGUGUGCAGGAAGGGGUUCACGCAUUCAUCUGCACUGCUGACCCACCAGCGGGUCCACACUGGGGAGAGGCCGUUCGGUUGCUCAGAGUGCGGGAAGGCUUUCCGUCGUGUGAGCAACUUGAGGAAGCACGAGCGGGUCCACAUGGGGGAAAGGCCAUUCACCUGCCCCGAGUGUGGGAAGGGAUUCAUUGAUUCUUCCAGCUUGCUGAACCACCAGCGGAUCCACACAGGGGAAAGGCCAUUCACCUGCUCUGUGUGCGGGAAAGGAUUCAAUCAUAUGAGCAAUUUGCGGCAGCAUAAGCGGGUCCACACUGGGGAGAGGCCAUUCACCUGCCCCGAGUGUGGGAAGGGAUUUACCAACUCUUCCCACCUGCUGACCCACCAGCGGAUCCACACUGGGGAGAGGCCAUUCACCUGCUCCAAGUGCAGGAAGGGCUUCACCUGCUCCUCUGACCUCCAGAGACAUCAACGAGUUCACGUGCCAUCACAGGGAAAUUGAAGGAGUGACAGAUAAGUACCAUUUUUGACUAGACUAUCAACCCCGUUCUGGGGUCUCCCAGGUUUGAAUCCCACCGUGGUAGAUGGUGCAAUUGAAAUCUGGAGUUCAGAAUCAAAUGAUGAAACCAUUUUCAGGGGAAGAAAAACCCCACCUUAUUCACUCAUGUCCUUUUUUAGAGAAUGAAGCUAUCUUUGCAGGAAAGGAAUCACUCAGUUAUUCCAGCUGCAUCCUUUACCUGGUCUGGCCUACCCCUGACUCCAGACCCACAGCAGUGUGGUUGACUCUUGAUUGCAUCCCCCUCCUGUAUAUGAGCUGGAGAAACUAACUUGUAUACAGGGUGUAGGCUGAAACUGCUGAGUGAGGCAAUACUUCCUCCAGAUGAAGGCUGUACCAAGGAUCCAGUUCCAAAGGGAUAAUUUGGUGCUGACCAAUAGUAAAGAAAGUGGGGGAUGGGGAGUGUGUGCACUUUGACCUUGAGCUUUUUAUUUAAAAAACGCUACUUUUCGUGCACUUUUUUUUUCUGGGAAAAAUUGAAACUGUAAUGAAGCAGGGUUGUAAUAAA